AUGAUGGCAAAUGGCUACCUCUGGCUGGGGAAUUCGAGGUCGUCCACUCCGUCCCCCUCCAUCCUCAGCUGCCACCACUGGAUCCACAAAGACAUCACACCACCAGGAUUCACCGGCCGGGAGCGCAAUGCGAUUGAAAACACUCUGGCACAGAGCCGUGACUUCACGGCUGACGUCAUCGAAGUGUAUCAGGUGGGUGCGAAAUACCCUUACAUCUGCAAUUCAGCGGUCAUCCCUGUGGUGUGUUGUGUGUGUGUCAGGUGGUGAGAGGCCCCCUCCCCGCCAUCGACCGUGACGCCCUCCUGCCCCUGCCCGUCGACUUCCCCCGGCCUCUGUCUCCGAGUGCUCUGUCGUCGCGCGAGAGGACGUGCCGCACGCCAGCGUGACGUGACUGAGUGAUUGAUCGUUUUGUUGUGUGUGGGUGGUGCACUGUGUGUUUUGCGUUGGCCUGCGUGUUGGUUUGCGGCAAUCGUAGCGCUGCAACGGCUUUAUGAAGUCAGCCAUGUGUGCCGUGCUGUUUGCUCGUCAUAACGCUACUCUUUCGAGGUGUGUUUUGUGUAUUCAUGCAGUGAUGUGAUUGUUAUCGGAGUCGUGCCGCAGAUGUAGCACACGCUGCUGUUUUUGGCGUUGAUUUAUUCGAUUUUCAUGUUUGGCACAGACGUGGCCAGGCGGACGUGACUGAGGUGUGUGGCCAGGCGGGUCCAUUCGAAUUCAAAGACUGAUUUCGUGGAUGUCAUAUAUGC